CGUCGUGCUGGUCUGAAACCAGAGGGAGAGGAGAGGGAGAGGGAGAGAGAGAAAGAAAGAGAGAGAGAGAGAGAGGAGGCAGGUCGUCCGUCGCAGCCCUCCGCCGUCGCCUCUGCCCGAUCGUCGCAGCCCCGCAUCGGCCGAUCGUCGUCGCAGCCUCCGCCCCUCCUCCGCCUCCGCCCCCCGCCUCCACCCCGAUAUGUUGGCCCCCUCCAGUCCCUCCUCUUCCUCCUCCGCCCUCCUCCAGCCUCUCCCUCUCCCUCCUCCUCUUUCUCUCUCACUUUUUCGAGCCAAUUUCGAGCCGAAACUCUCGAGCUACCAAUCGUUACCGAUUUACAUAUAGUAAUGUAGUAAGAGAGUUGGGUUUACAAAAUUUUAUUAGAUGUGUAAUAAAUUAAAAAUAAACAUUUAUCUUAAUAUAUUAUUGUAGAUCAAAUUAUAAGAAUUGUCAAGAGUCGAAACAUUUUUCAAUCCAUAUUCCGUAGUGGCAGCUUAAUGAAUAUCGAUAUUUAUAGUAAUUAUAUAGAACUAUGAUAGGAUAAUUUUGAAGAAGACAAAUGUGACUUGCAUGUUGUGUUAAAAUGCUAUCCUGAAAUUGAGUAAAGAAGGCAAAAAGGUCCAUGAAGGUCGGAUUGGAAGCCAUAUAAAAGCUAGGAAUUCAAAGGGGAGAAGGCUUUCAACCAGAUUCACAACUCAUGUGAAAUUAGGAGUAGAAUAACUUAAUUAGAAGUAGUUCUUGGACUUAGGGUUGGUUAGUUUGUUUGUAUUUCAGUCUUUGUAACCAAGUUUGGCUCUAUCGAUUGUUGUGCUUUUGAAACUUGUGGUUUAAUUCUUCUAAUUAAAUGACAAGUUUACUUAUUCUUCAAUCGAAUUUCAAUUUAUUUGCACUUGUUUCUUCACACUGCAAUCUCCAAAGAAGUCCUUAAAACUAUCAUGGCAUAGGACAACAACCACAUUGCUUGAUCUAUUUGUUAUUCGUAAAAUUUUGGUUUCUCUGUCUAAUCUUUCCUGUUGAUUUAACCCAAACCAGAUUUUUGCUAACAUAUUUUGGCACGCCCAGUGGGACACUGCCUAAUUUGGAGUGAUAGCUAAGAAGAAACAAACUGAUCAGUCCCCAGAAAUGCAUGGGGAUCUUGAGAAGAGGCCUUUCGAUGGCACUGUCUUAGGAGAAGGUCAGGAUGAAAAAGUCAGAGACAAUGUUGAUGACAGCCAUUCAGUAGCCGAUCAGGGUGAUGGCCAAAGAUAUGGCCACAAUGUACUCAUGGAUGGCCAGACAAGUGGCUCUCCAGUGGAUGCUAAGAAAGCACUGAUUUUGCAUAUGAGUAAAGUUCUCGCAAGUUUGCCUCCACAUGAAAAUCAAGCUUCAAUUGAUGAAGUCCUUGUUGAAUUUGAGAAGCAUAACAUCAGGCCAAGUCAAUCAAGGCAACUCCGAGAUGAAGCUCAAAGGAGUAAGGAUUUAAUCUAGAAAGGGAUACUGAAGUAUGCUGAAAAAUAUAAAGGGGUCAUAGCAGUUGAUAGUGACCUAUUCACAAACAUGGUGGAGAUCAACAUGGUAGCAAUUGACUUCCAAUCGACUAAUCAAAAGAAGAAUGGGAAGAACCCUAGAGUUCUCUUGGUAGAACUAGAGAAACUCCACAAAGAAAUGAUGGAUAAGAUUGCCAAGGAGGCAAAAGGAAAGAAAGUUCAAGAAGAGCCUAGUGAAAGGUACAUUUGUUUUAGAUGUGGCACUGAAAAAGAAAGAGCCAAGGCCAUUAUGAUAGAUGGAAUUAAAAAAAAAAAUUGAAAAAGAUAUUGGCCUCAAGUUUAAUACCAUGGGAAAUGGUAACUUGCAGAUAUUUGAUAAUGAUUGUACGUUUUAUGAUGGGUUAGAUCCAGGGAUAUUUGGUCCUACAGAGAAUUAUGGAAAGGAUGAUGCUCCAUUUCUGUUCCAAAGAGCUCCUGUUCAUCCAUGCUUUGGGGGGCCAAGUAAUAUAAGGGCCAUGUUGAAACAGCAAAAAGGCUCUAUGCCAUAUGAAAACCUAAAGAUACUGACAAGGCCAUACAGUGGCCAACAACAAACUGGCAGGCUAUAUGGGGAACAACAACAGUUUGUGAGACCAUUUGGGGGACUUCAACAGUAGUAUCGUGGCCCAAGAAUGAGGUCAGAUAUGCAGCUAGUUCAACUAAACAUGGUAAAGCCUCCGAUACCACCCUAUUUAGGGUGGCAAGGGGUAGUUCAUCCAAAAUUUCUUAUUGGUGGUUAGAGACCAAUGUGAGAGACUGGAACUCAAAAAAAGAGGGAACAAAGGAAGUUUCAUGCCAUGAUGUCUAGGGUUGCAGGAGAUAAGCCAACUAGGAGGCAAGACUUAAUUUGGAUUAGAAAUGGAUUGGUUUCUGCUUCUCCAGUAAAUGAGGUGAAUAGGUCAACUUCUAGGGACCAUCCAGUGGGCCAGUUCGGAUUUUGAAAAGGAAAAUAGAAUCAGAAAAGACAAUUGACAGGCCUACUAAGAAGCUCUCUGAGAAAGAUUUGUGAAGACAGAAGUUGAAAAAAUUAGAAAAAGACUUGAUGUCCGAUGAAAAUGACAAGGAUGGGGAAGAUGUGGUAAUGAGAGAAGUUCAAAGCUUAGAAUUCUUUGUCGACAGAGGCAUAAACACAUGCAGAAGAGGGCCAAGAAUGAAGGAAGUGAAGUUAGUGGCCUAAGAAAGAGGAAUGAGGGUGCAAUACAUGGCAGUUGCAGGAGGAGAGAAAGUGCAAAGGUAGUUGCAGCAGUUGCAGUUCAUGGGAGUCUAGCAAAUGGACACAUGGCAGCACAACAUAACCAUUGGAAGCCAUAUAAAAGCUGGGAAUUCAAAGGGAAGAAGGCCUUCAACCAAAUUCACAACUCGUGUGAAAUUAGGAGUAGCAUAACUUAAUUAGAAGUAGGUCUUGUUCUUAGGGUUAGUUAGUUUGUUUGUAUUUAGAUUUUGUAAAAAAACCUUAUGAGUUAUGUGCUUUAUAUAAUAAUUUAGAUUUUGUGAGUUACAAAACUUUGAAAACAAGUUUCUUUGAUUUCUUUAAAUUAAGUACAUUCAAAAGACAAGAUUUAGGAAUUCAAAUUACAAUGUUUAUACAUAAAAAUAGUGGAAGGGACUUCUAUAACAAGUUAUUAUUAGAUGGCAACAAUUUGUAAGUUGUGAGUACUUAUACAACAUG